AUGGCUCAAUCAACCCAAAUCUCCAUCUCAGAACCCGCUGUCGAAAACGCUAUCCCGCACUCGCCUACUCUCGCAGCAAAGCGCUCACACGAUCAGAUCGAAGCCGUCGCAGACCCCGCGCCCACGCUGAAGAAAGUCAAGACGAACGAUGAUACGCUUCAAGUCAAUGGACCUGCGGACACACAGAUGCCGGAUGCUCAAGAUGUGGCAAGUAGGGUAUCGGCGCAAGAGCCGGGACACAGUGCCGCAUUGGCCGCUCUGGACGACGGUGUCAAAGAGUCGGACGCUGCUAGCGGCAGGAGUGCAUGGUGUAUGAGCCUGGGAGAGCUGUGA